AUGGGACUUGCUACAGUUGGAGAACUGAAGCCAACUUUCACAGGAAAGAGACGUCUGAAUUCAAGUAUCAGACAUGCCUCUGACUGGCCAAUAUCUGAAGUCUCUAGUGAUCUUACAGUUCAAGUUGGAUCUUCAAGUUUCUGUCUUCAUAAGUUUCCUCUUGUGUCUCGGAGUGGAAAGAUCAGGAAGCUUCUUACAGAUUCGAAAACCUCUAGUAUUUGUCUCUCUAGUGUUCCCGGAGGAUCUGAGGCUUUUGAGCUAGCAGCUAAGUUCUGCUAUGGAAUCAACAUUGAGAUCAACCUUCUUAACGUAGCUAAGCUUCGUUGUGCAUCUCAUUACUUAGAAAUGACUGAGGAGUUUUCAGAAGACAAUCUCGCUAUCAAAACAGAACACUUCUUCAAAGAAACAGUCCUCCCAAGUAUCUCUAACUCCAUCCUCGUUUUACAUCACUGUGAAGCCCUUACCCCAGUCUCUGAAGAUCUCAACUUGGUGAAUCGCUUAAUCAUAUCUAUAGCCAACAAUGCCUGCAAAGAGCAGCUUACUUCAGGUCUACUAAAGCUCGAUUAUACGUUUUCGGGUACGAAUAUGGAACCAGAGACUCCAUUAGACUGGUGGGGGAAGUCAGUAGCUGUUUUGAACCUUGAUUACUUCCAAAGAGUUGUCUCUGCUGUUAGGUCAAAAGGGUUAAGACAAGACGUGAUCAGCAAGAUUCUGAUCAGUUACACGAAUAAGUCACUUCAAGGGCUCAUUGUUAGGGAUACAAAGCUUGAGAAAGAGAGGGUUAUUGAUUCAGAAUCUAAGAAGAAACAGAGAUUGAUUCUAGAAACAAUCGUUAGGUUACUUCCUACACAAGGAAGAAAAAGCUCUGUUCCAAUGGCGUUCCUUUCAAGUCUUCUCAAAAUGGUUAUCGCUACAUCAUCAUCCUCUGCUUCUUCAGGAUCAUCAUGUAGAUCGGAUUUAGAGCGAAGGAUCGGUCUUCAACUAGACCAAGCCAUCCUCGAAGAUGUUUUGAUUCCAACAAACCCUAACGGAGUCAACAACACGAUGUACGACACUGAUUCUAUCUUGAGAAUCUUCUCUAUAUUCUUAAACCUAGACGAAGAAGACGAUGAAGAGGAAGAUCAACAUCAUCUUAACCGGUUUGGAGAUGAAACAGAGAUGAUUUUCGAUUUCGACAGUCCAAAACAGAGCUCCAUCUUGAAAGUUCAUCCGAAUAUAAAGGAGUCAGAGCGUUACCGUCUAUGUAAGACGAUAGAUUCACAGAAACUAUCACAAGAAGCUUGUAGCCAUGCAGCGCAAAACGAGAGGUUACCUGUGCAAAUGGCUGUACAAGUGUUGUAUUUUGAGCAGAUUAGGCUUAGAAAUGCAAUGAGCAGUAGCAUUAGUCCUACUCAGUUUCUGUUUAGUGGGAACUGUCAACAGUUUCCUCAACGUGGAGGAAGUGGAGCAGGAAGUGGAGCGAUAUCUCCAAGAGAUAACUAUGCGUCGGUGAGGAGAGAAAACAGAGAGCUAAAGCUUGAAGUUGCGAGGAUGAGGAUGAGAUUAACGGAUUUAGAGAAAGAUCACAUCUCUAUAAAACAAGAGCUGGUCAAAUCUAAUCCAGGGACUAAGCUUUUCAAGUCUUUUGCUAAAAAAAUAAGCAAAUUCAAUUCUCUUUUCAGCUUCGCUAGUCUUAAACCUUCCUUGAAGGGAAAGGCAACUUCUGAGAGCCGUUUCUUGUUUCAGAGAAAAAGACGACACUCUGUUUCUUGAUUUAAAUACUUUGAUUUAUUUGCAUAGUGAACGAUCAUAUAUAUAUAUAUUUCUUUUUUGGGUUGGGAGUUUGAUUGGGUGUUGUAUGUAUAGCUUCAUAUAGUUGUGUUUUGUAAAAUGUGAGCGAUGGUGUUUUGUCAGUCUUUGGCUUUUUGCUAUUGACUUGUAUAAAAUGUGCAUGUUCAAC